AUGUCCGACUUUAGUCUAUCAGAACAUCUUACCAAGUUUCAAACAAGUGAUAAGAAAUCCUUUCCAGCAGUAGCUAACCCAUCACAUGAUCUUAAUACUGUCAUUGAUAGAUUAGCCGUCUCCCCGGAACAAAUCGAUGCAGAUCCUGAAACUUUAGAAAUUCUUUUAGAUUUAUCCCAUGGAUUCAUUAGUUUACCUGUCAAAUUGCAAAAUCAAUUGACAUAUCUAGUUGCUUCAUCUCUUUCUAAUCUUUGCAAUGAAAUAAAUGGGAGCCUGACAAGUUCGAGUAAUAAUGAAAGUAGUGGUGACGCUAUGGACUAUAACGAUAUGCUGUCUUUAAUACCGCAAUGGAAAAUACAUCUCGAAGAAUAUGGUUAUUUGAUUCAUGUCAUAUUAACGCUGUUAUAUGAAAUUAUGAAUAAAAUUGCAUCAAAUUCAUCAUCCACCCCCAUAACUAGGAAAAAUGUAGAUGGUAAUGAUAAAGUAAAAGCAGAGCUUUUCAAGAAAAGCUGUAAUCAAGUGGAAAUUAUAUGUGAAUCUAUUUUGAAAGUCCUGGAAAUCAAUCUAUCAAGAAUUUUCCAAACCACUCCAGAAAAGGAUUUAUUCAUUAGUCUGUUUUUGAGACCCCUAUACGUCCUUAUUGAAAUUGAAUCAAUAACUAAGGUGAAUUCAUUGACGAUGUUUAUACAGCGAAUCAUUUGUAUGUCAGUCAAAUCCCAUAAUCAAGCUUCUGUUAUUCAAGAUGGAAUAAUAUCGAAUCUAACCUAUUUUCAACAUUUAUCUAAUUUUAAUGCUAAAUUAUUGACAAUUUUGAGUACUGAAUACAAUUAUCCAAUGUUGACAGAAGAAAUAUUAAAAGAAAUUAGUAGUAGGCGUUUUAACUCGAAAGAUACGACAGGUCCCAAAUCCAUUUCAAAUUUCUUAGUCAAAUUAUCAGAAUUAUCACCUGUUGUUAUGAUCAAACAAAUUGGGGUAGUAAUUAAUCUAUUAAAUAAUAGCUCCAUUACUUUGCGGUGUUCAGUGGUAGAAGCAUGUGGUAAUAUUAUAAUACAAUUGAUAAAAGAAGAUCACUAUAAAAACCAAGUGACAGUACUGAUAGAUUUGUUAGAAGAGAGAUUCCAAGAUUCAAACCCAUAUGUGCGAACAAAGGCAAUUCAAAAUUGUACCAAGAUUUGCCAACUAGAUAUUAAAUUGAAUAAAAAGAAGUUGGUUUUUACGAAAUUAGCCGUAAGAUCGCUACAAGAUAAAUCUUCUCUAGUAAGAAGGAAUGCAAUUAAAUUAUUGUCAAAUCUUCUCUUAAAACAUCCCUUCAAUGGUGUUCAUGGUACACAAUUGACAUUAGACGAUUGGGAAAAGCAUUUGAAAGCAGUGAAGAAUCGAUUGGAGAAUUUUAUGGCAUCAAACUCAAAGACAGAGACCAGCCGAAACACGAAUGAACUACCCCCUUCCAAAGAUAAUGAGAGUUCUAAAGGGGAUUCAGAUGAUCACGACGAAGAAAUGGAUAGCGAUAGUGAUGGUGAGCAAGAGCUCUCAAGAAUGGAGAUUGAAACAGAAGAAGUCAACACAACGGAUACAAAUACAUUACUGAAAUUAAAACUAAUGACCGCAUACUAUAAGGAUGCAAUCGAAUUCAUCAAAGAUAUACAUCAAGGUAUCAGCAUUGUAUCUACAUUAUUGUUUUCGAAGAACAGAAAUGAAGUUUUAGAAGCUAUGGAUUUCCUAAUUCUAUCAGAUGCGUAUGGUUUGAAAACAAGUAAAUUAGGUAUUAAAAAGAUGUUACACUUAGUUUGGAUGAAAGGCACUAACGAUGAAGGUACCAACAUACCGACACACUUAAUAGCUUGUUAUAAACAAUUGUUUUUAACAGCCCCUGAUAGUUAUAAUUUUAGAGAGAAGGCGACUCAUAUCGCGCUAAACUUGAUUCAGUUAACUAUGGAUGCUUCCAUUUCCGAUCUAGCAUCACUAGAACAAUUAUUAGGGAUGAUGUAUGAGCGUCAUUUGAUUGAUGAAAAUAUUAUCAACGUCCUGUGGGCCAUUUAUAACUCAGCAUCCAAACAGGCGACAGAUACAUCAACUGGUAUCACUUUUACAAAAGAACAAAUACAUGGGUCUAUUAUUAUUCUAGGUAUGUUAGCCUUGGAAAAUCAUGAGAUUGCUUUAAAAGGAUUAGACUCGUUAUUAAAUAUUGGUUUAGGCACAAUUGGUAGCCAAGAUUUGAAAUUCUGUCGAUAUUCUUGCUUAACGUUAGAAAGAAUUGUUAAAAGGAAAAGUAAUUCGAUAAACUCUCCAUUAUCGUUGAUAAGUGACAAACAUGAAGCAGAAGCCAUAAAAAGACUUUAUAGUAUGAUUAUAGGUUAUACAAAUGACUUAGAGUACUACCCAAUGUGUGAACAAGCUAUUAGUGCUUUUUUCACAAUUUCUUCCCAACCAGAUGUAUUAGCUAGUGAAAUGAUUAGAGAGAAAACAAUGAUGACUUUUGGUAAACCUGAGUAUAACUCAACUUCUGAGGACUCGUUCCAUUCACGAGAUAUAUCGCGAUCUACAUCUUUAAGCCAAUUGUUGUUUAUAGUUGGUCAAGUGGCUAUCAAGACAUUAGUUUAUCUAGAGAAAUGUGAAGCGGAUUUUAAAAAGAGGAAAAUUGAAGCUGAGAUAUUGAAAGGCAGAGAGAAGGAACAAAUUAGGAAUCAGAAAGAGCAAAGUAAUGCUAAUACGAGUAAUACGUUAGGAAAUGAAACUGUUGACCGUACAAAAGAUGAUGAGUUGGCGAUGAUUGGUGGUACAAAUGAAGAUGAUUUUGCCGAUGCCAUUCUAUUUAUUAAAGAAGAUGAAUUAUUAAACGGUGAAAACUCAUUACUUGGUCGUUUUUGUCCCAUCGUAGAAGAAAUUGUUUCUAAUUCAUCUAGAUUUAAUGAUCCGAUUUUAAUGAGGAGUGCAUCGUUAUGCCUUCAAAAGCUAAUGUGCAUCUCUUCCAAAUAUUGUGAAAAAAGCUUACCGCUAUUAAUCACUGUAAUGGAAAAAUCCUCUGACCCAAUUAUCCGUUCGAAUGCAGUCUUGGGUCUUGGAGAUAUGGCAGUUUGCUUCAACAAUUUGGUUGACGAAAAUACAGAUUACUUAUAUCGUAGAUUACAUGACAGUAAUUUAAUGGUACAACGUACGUGCUUAAUGACAGUGACGUUUUUGAUUCUAGCAGGACAAGUCAAAGUUAAGGGUCAACUGAGUGAAAUGGCGAAAUGCUUAGAAAAUUCAGAUCAGAGUAUCAGUGAUAUGUGUCGUUUAUUCUUUUCUGAGUUGGCUACUAAAGAUAAUGCUAUUUAUAAUGGUUUUAUCGACAUAUUUAGUAACCUUUCUUCAGAUGAAUCAUUGGAUAAGAAUAGUUUUAAGAAAAUACUUAAGUUCUUAUUAGCGUUCAUUGAUAAGGAGAAAUACCAAAAACAAUUGAGUGAUAAGUUAGUUAGUAGGCUUGACAAAUGUGAAACUCAGAAACAAUGGGAUGAUAUUUCAUUUAUCUUGACCAGUAUCCCGUAUAAGAAUGAAAAAGCAGCUACCUUACUAGCGGAAGGUUUCAAAGUCGUGUCUGCUAGAGAAUGA